UCGGGUUCCCUCCCCGGGCGGCCCCCUCGCCGGGCUUGCACUCCCCCUCCCCUCGGCCUUGGGCUCCUUUCACGCUUCGCGGGGCCUGGGGAGGGGGCGGAGGCCCGGAGCGCAGAGCAGCCGCGAGGCGGGCGGGAGGCUCCGCGCACGCACCUGUUGCUUGUGGGAGCCCGCGACUCCGCGUCCCGCUCCCAACCGCCGCGGGCCGCACAGCGGAGCCCCCUCGCCCGGUGGCCGCAGGCGGGGGCGAGCGGACGGGCAGCGGCGCGCGGACGCGAUGGCGGCGGCGGAACCGGCGAGCUCUGGCCAGCAGACGCCGCCGGGGCAGCCGGGGCAGCGGCCGCAGCCUCCGCAGGUGCAACCCCCGCCGCCGCACCCGCAGCAGCAGCAACAGCUGCAGCCGCCGCCACUCGGGGGCUGCGGGGGCGGCAGCAGCCGGCACGAGAAGAGCCUGGGGCUGCUCACCACCAAGUUCGUGUCGCUGCUGCAGGAGGCCAAGGAUGGCGUCCUGGAUCUCAAAGCGGCUGCAGAUACUUUGGCUGUAAGGCAAAAAAGAAGAAUUUAUGAUAUCACCAAUGUCUUGGAAGGAAUUGACCUGAUUGAAAAAAAGUCAAAAAAUAGUAUUCAAUGGAAGGGUGUAGGUGCUGGUUGUAAUACUAAAGAAGUCAUAGACAGAUUAAGAUAUCUAAAAGCUGAAAUUGAAGAUCUAGAACAUAAGGAGAGAGAACUUGAUCAGCAGAAGUUGUGGCUACAACAAAGCAUCAAAAAUGUGAUGGACGACUCCAUGAAUAAUAGGUUUUCCUAUGUAACUCAUGAAGACAUCUGUAAUUGUUUUAAUGGUGAUACACUUCUGGCCAUUCAAGCACCUUCUGGUACACAGCUGGAGGUGCCUAUUCCAGAAAUGGGUCAGAAUGGACAGAAGAAGUACCAGAUCAAUCUAAAAAGUCAUUCAGGACCUAUCCAUGUGCUGCUUAUAAAUAAAGAGUCCAGUUCAUCUAAGCCCGUGGUCUUUCCAGUUCCCCCACCUGAUGACCUCACACAGCCUUCCUCUCAGCCCACAACUCCAGUGGCUCCACAGAAAUCCAGCACAGUAACUCAGAAUCUGCUUGAGCAACAUGUCUCUGAAAGAAGCCAAAAUCUACACCAGAUACCAGCCACAGACUUAUCAUCAGGGUCUAUUAGUGGAGAUAUCAUUGAUGAGUUAAUGUCUUCUGAUGUGUUCCCUCUCUUACGGCUUUCUCCUACCCCGGCAGAUGACUACAACUUUAAUUUAGAUGAUAAUGAAGGAGUUUGUGAUCUGUUCGAUGUCCAGAUACUAAAUUAUUAGAUGCCAUGGCAACUUGGGACUGUUAUCUACCUCUAACUGUGUAAUAUUUUAGACAUCUUCAUAACCUAAGUAUUUAAUGAAUGUAACACCUUUUUAGUUUGCUGAUUCUGAAGUAUAUUUCCUUAUUUCUUUUUUUCUUUUACUUCACAAAACUCCAAUCAUAAGAACUAAGGACUGUGACUGCUUCAGUGGAAAACGGAUAUAUCUACCAAAUCCCCAUCAAUUAUUUGCAUUCCAGAAUUUCAACUUUUUAUUCCAGUUCUGAAACUUUGGUUUUUUUCUUCCUGAAAGUAGGCUUUCCUUGUCUGUGAUGUAAAGUUGUCAAAAACAAAAUACUUGGCCAAGGGCUCAUCACAUAAAAGAAGUAUUUGCCUUAUAUUUUUACUGCCAUGAAAUUGUUUUCUAUUUCUGUGGGUCUUCCAAUCCACACAGAUACUUACUGCCACAUGUAAAGUGAAGGAUGUAAACUAGGUUUUAUUAACUGUUUCAGUGAACAGAUUUUGUGAAGUGCCUUCUGUUUUAGCACUUUAAGUUUCCUAUUUGUUGACUUCUGACAUUCCACUUUCCUAGACUAUGGGAAAGAUCUGUUUAUGUAGUUUGUUUUUAAAAUGUGCCAAUGUCUGUACAUUAACAAGAUUAAAAAAAUAUACAGUUGUAUAAAA